ACUAACGUUGCCCCGCUGACAGUCAGGAAGAAAGAUGGCGAUCUUCAGUGUGUAUGUUGUCAACAAGGCCGGUGGACUCAUCUACCAGUACGAUAACUAUGUACCUCGAACUGAAGUUGAAAAAACAUUCAGCUUUCCACUUGAUUUAGUUUUAAAGAUUUACGAUGAGAAGUUAGUUGUGUCGUUUGGACAGCGGGACGGGAUCAGAGUGGGUCAUGCGGUUCUGUCCAUUAACGGGGUGGAUGUGAAUGGUAAAUACACGGCUGAAGGGAAGGAUAUACUGGAGUAUCUGAAAGAUCCUGCCAACUAUCCAGUGUCCAUCAAAUUCGGGCGACCUCGCCUUACCUCCAACGAGAAGCUCAUGCUGGCCUCAAUGUUUCACUCGCUGUUUGCCAUUGGAUCCCAGUUAUCGCCUGAAGUCGGCAGCUCUGGUAUUGAAAUGCUGGAGACAGAUGUGUUUAAACUGCACUGCUUUCAAACCCUCACAGGUAUAAAGUUUAUUGUAUUGGCAGACCCUCGGCAGUCUGGGAUUGAUGCCCUCCUAAGAAAGAUUUAUGAGAUCUACUCAGACUUUGCACUGAAGAAUCCUUUCUACUCUUUAGAAAUGCCCAUCAGAUGUGAGCUUUUUGACCAAAAUCUAAAGAGUGCCCUUGAAAUAGCGGAGAAAGCUGGGACAUUUGGACCCGGGUCUUGAACUGGACUUGCACUGUGUGUUUUCAUCCAUCUGACAGGAUCCAACGUGUCCAGAAAAAUGAGAUAAGGAUUUCCAUCAACUUAUCAAGCAAUACAAACUAGAGUUUUCCUCAAGCUCAAACAACUGAAGAUAGUUUAAGACCACUAUGUUCUGUUAAUUUACAUUUUCCUUGAAAUGAAGUCCCAAAUUUACAGUUAGAAACACAUAACUUUUGUAAAUAAUGUCCAUGGACACAGAACAUGCAGAACAUCUCGCAGCUCAUGAUGCUCAUGUUUAUUAACGUCUUUCUAAAUGUUAUGGAAUUUCCAUAUGGUUUGCUUUCUGUCAGGAGAUUCUGAAAAGUGUGCUGUACCUUGGAUCUGUUCUUACAUUUUUCAUUUAUAAAUAUAUGUGCUGUUAAACAUU